GGGCCAUUUGCUCUCAGCAAAAAGUAUUAUACACUAAGAUUGCCCAGGUGGAGAUUUGGCAGUUGCGCAUUUCGCGGCGGAGCACCACUAUAAGCGUCAGAGUGGAGCACAAGCACCACCACCACCAAAGAUUCCAUCCCAAACCGGCAGCAAAAGAUCACUUAGUGAUGAACACCCCCGACUUCAUUCUCAUGUCAUUAUUCGCUGCGUAGUCGAUAUCCAACGAAGAAAACCAAGGCACAUAGCGCACAACCAUGACAUCCCCCAAACCAGACAUAGCCUUCAUCGGCCUCGGCGCCAUGGGCUUUGGCAUGGCUACCAACCUGAUCAAGAAAGGCUACCCCGUAACCGGCUUUGAUGUCUGGGACCCGACCCUCGAGCGAUUCAAAUCCGCAGGCGGUCUCACGGCCACCAAACCCGCCGAGACCGUCAAGGAUAAAUCCUACGUCGUAUGCAUGGUUGCCACAGCGCAACAAGCCCAAUCUGUCCUACUCGAAGGGCCCGACGCCGCCGUGCCGGCCUUACCGCAGGGCUCAACUAUCUUGCUCUGCUCCACGGUCCCGUGCUCCUAUGUACAAGGCCUCGAGAGGCAGCUCGUUGAUAUGGGAAGGGCCGACAUCUACUUAGUCGACGCUCCCGUCUCAGGCGGCACCUACCGCGCCGCAGAUGGGACCCUCUCCAUCAUGGCAGGCGCCUCCGAAGCCGCUCUGUCAAAAUCCCGGUUUUUGUUGCAGGAGAUGUCCGACCCAGCAAAACUGUACAUCGGCCCCGGUGGCGUAGGAGCAGGUAGUAAUCUGAAAAUGGUGCACCAGGUCCUGGCAGCAGUGCAGAUCCUGUCUAGCAGCGAAGCAAUGGGCUUCGCCUCACACUUAGGACUGGAUCUCCCUCGCACAGCUGAGGCGAUUAAUUCAUCUAAAGGCAGAAGCUGGAUGUUCGGGAACCGCAGCCCGCGGAUGCUGCACCCCGAGUUUCAACCAGUCGCGAGCGCGUUGACGAUCAUUCUCAAGGAUACGAGUAUCAUCACCGCCGAGGCAAGGAAAGCUGGAUUUGCGACGCCGAUGAGUAGUAUUGCGGAGCAGGUUUAUUUCGCCGGGUUAGGGAGAGGUUUUGGGAAGGAUGAUGAUAGUAGUAUGAUUCGGGUGUAUACCGAGGGGAAGGGGAAGGUUGGGCCCAUUAAGGGAGGGGUAGAGAGUGAGGAGGGGAAGGUGAGGCUAGUUGUAGGGUUGUUGAAGGGUAUUCAUCUGUGUGCCGCGGCGGAAACGCUAGCGCUUGCGAAGAAAUUGGGGUUGGAUUUGCGGCAGGUUAUGGAGUUGUGUGUUAAUGCUGCUGGGGGUAGUUACAUGUUGGAGGCGUUUGGGCCGGAGAUCGUGGGUUUACUUGAUGCAAAGAGUUCAGGUACAAAGAGCAGUGGAAGUCUCGAUGUCAUCAUACAAGGGCUACAGGACGCAGUGGAGGAAGCACAAAUGCUCAAGAUGCCGCUGUACCUGGGCAGCCAGGCGCUGAACAUUGCGAGAUUGGCGUUGGCAGCGCGUCCAGCAACAUCAGCUGAGGCAAAGGCCGGAGACAUUGUAAGAGUUUGGGGUUGGUAAAUUAAUCACUAUAUCUUGCAUCUCCUUGUGUAAGUCGGCAUAUUUACGAAAUGCUACUAUUUAGUGAUCCAUAACCGCUGUUCCAAAAGUAUU